UCCUCCUACCAUAGCCAUCUCCUCCCUCGCGAGUCUGCCUUUCAUUCUUCUUUCCUCGCUCUCCUCUCCUCUCCAAAUUUCACCACCACCAUCGGUGCGUAUGAUAUGAAAGCCUCCUCGUCUUCUUGGCCUUUUUAUUCUUCCUUUUCCUUCUCUUGAAUCUCUGCCACCCAUUUGCUGUUUAGUGAAGAGCCUUCAAAGAGAGAAUUUUAAGUUAAAGAUUGAUUUGUUAUUUCUGUCUUACUGUGCAAUUUCCCAUAAGUCGGAUUCGGUGCUCUGAUUGAGGAGGUGUCUCAAACCAGCAUUCUUUCAUGGAUAGGAAACGGAAAUUGCAAGCAGAAGAAUUAGGCACACCUCCACCAAAGCUUAAAUGGCCAAGUCAAGGCUUUGCUCUAGAGUAUAUUUUUCCUGCUGAUGCUGAGUCAGAUGUAAUAGAUAAAGGGGAGUUAAGUGGAAAAUCAACAGCUGAGGAAUCAGAACAAGAGUCUGGCAAAGAUAGCAACAGUGUUAUUGCUGAUGCUGACUCGAGCAUUUCUGUGUCUAACGAAGCUGAAGUAGGAGCUGGUCAUGGAUAUUUCAAAGAAUAUUCAUCUGACAAGCCUGUCAAUUCUUCUGUUGACUGGGGAGGCGAUUGUUCCAAGCAUGCCUCAAAUUCUUCUGAGAGCAGUUUCAUAACGGAAUCAAGUUCCGGUAUUCUGGAAUCACCAUCUAUUGGCAACAAGCAUGAUUUUCCCCAUCAUGAUAUCGGCCUGAAGUCAUCCCUGAAUUAUGAGGAGCACCUCCUGGAAUUUGGAAGUCAUGGCGAUUGCAGUUGUCCAGAAUGCAGAGCUGGCUUUGAAGAAUACACAGACAAGGAACUUGAAGAAAUGCUUUAUUCUAAUGGGGUGAAUCCGAAUAAUUAUGUUCUUUCUUCUGGAAGUUGGACUCUCAACCAAGAUACUCAGCAAAGCACCAAGAAGUUAACCAUUGAUAAAGAGUUCGAGCAGUACUUUUCCAUGCUUAUGCUGUGACCCAGUUCUUUUGAACACGAGCAUUUUAUGUACAUUAUUUAAUAAUUGAUGUUGUAUGCAUUCACUAACUAGACGAAUGAAGCUUCCCAUUUUAAUCCUUUCUUUUGUCAAUUUUUGUCAUUUCAGCUUUUUCUUAGAUUGAUUGAUCAUGUUAACCUUUGUUUCAUGUAUUUGUAGUUUUGUUGUGCCAAAAUGAGGCAAGAAAUGAAAAUCUUGUCAUACGAAGUUUUUAGGCUUUCAGCUAAGAUACGCCAUCCAAGUCUUCAGAAAAGUUUCCUGACUGCUGGGCUUUUAGGUGUACUUAACAUUUUGGGCUUUUUUCUCUUUUUUUUUUUUUUUUCUGUUCUCCUUAAAUCUUGUGAAUAAAUUUCAAAUUCUUGUCAUUCAUCAUGCUCUUUGAACCAGUCUUGUACUUGAUUGUUUAUGUCGUGGUGCUUCAUUUGAUGCUCUAUUGAUUUUCUCAGAUCCAUAUGGCCUUUUUUCUAGUUGAAUUGAAACUAAUGCAGAUGAGACAAAAUUGGGGUCGACAACUUUUGAUUCAAUUGCAAGUUUUUAGUUACUUACUGGUGCAUUGGCUGUGAAUUGCAGAUAUUGCUUUAAAACAUUGUGUUUUCUUUUUCCAACUAUGAAUUUAGCUUUCUCAGAGACUGAAUAUUCUUCUGAACCAGGUAUUUCCUAUACCUUCUGUUUUUUGUUUGUUUACAUCCUUUGUCAUGAUGAGCCAAUCACACAUAUUAUCCAAUAUAGUAUAAGAGUGAAGACCACCUCACCCCCCAGGCCACCUCAUGUUGGUUGUCCACCUAUGUUGCCGGAGCUGAUUGGGGGAUUGUGAGGCGGAAUGGGUGGUCCUCCCCUUCUUUGUUUUCUUCCCUUCUUCUUCAUCUCCCUCUUCCCUCUCUCCUCCCUUGAGUAAUCAUGGUUAAUAAUUCCUUCUAUUUCUCUGCCAUUUUUUUGCUGAUCUUUUCUUGGCUAAAAGCAACAAAUCACUUUCUCCCCUUUCUUGCGUCCUUUGUAUGUUAUGCUCUUAGAUUUUUUCUCUAUCAUACUCCCAGAUUAGCAAGAAAACUUCGGUUUAUUUUUUUUGCUUUGAUAUACUUGUUCCUGAGUACUAGAAAACUAGUUAUGCUUCUUUCUCUUUAAAGGAUUUUUUUGUUAGAUUAAUUUGGACUUGGAGAGAUGGCUUUUUUUUUGGUGGUUUUCUUUUUUUAGGCGGAAGAAGAUGAUGAAAAUUGAGUGGAAGUGAUUGUGAUUUUAAUGGAGGUUUUGACAGUAUUUUACUGACUAAGUGAUUAUUUUUUAGUAGUUUUAUUUUAUUUUAUUUGUUUUACAGUUUCCUUUUUUUCUCUUUUUCCUCUUUUUUGGUAUUCUAAAUCUCACUUCUUGUUUUAAUGGCAGCUAUGUGAUAGAAGAAGAAUGAACAGCAACUAAUGACAGGUUUUUCUUUGUAAUCAUUUCGUCUCUUUUCUUCUGUGCAAAUGUUUGUUGAACUCCUCCCAAAGGGCAUUCCUUAUGGUUCCAUGGGGUUUUGAAGAAUUAGAGAAAUAAAGCAUUUUUCAUGUUUGUUUGUGUAAUAUCUGUUUCUUAGCCCUCAAAAGUUUCUUUCUUUUGUCUCUUUUGUCUUGUGCUUCAAUUUUUUUUUGAACAUCUGGUCAAGUGGAAAAAAUGGAACAAGGCUUUUUUAUGUGUGCGUCUUCGUGGUUAAAAAGUAAAUAAUUAUUUUGAGCAAGAUACUGGAUGAAUGGUAAAUUGUUAGAUUGGUUGUUGCCGAAUCUGAUGAAUGGGGAGAGGUGUUGCUGGAAUAUCUCAUGUCAGAGUGUUCCUUAGAAAAAUUGACAGAAAGACCUCAGAGCCAUCUCUUCCCAAUCCUUUCCGUCAAACAAAAAAAAAAAAAAAAAAAAACUCUCCCCUGUCUGUGCAAAAAAAAAUUUCCCCUCUUUGCUGGCGGGUAAAACACUGGGAGUUGCAAAAGCAGAGGUCUUCCCUCAAAUUCCUUUAUCUGCAACAGCGGGUAGGGCUCAAUUCUGAGAAGACUGAUCAAUUCCCAUACAAAAAAUUUUCCAUAGCUCAACCUCCUCCUACUCGAAACUUCUGUCUCAAAAUUCCCUUCUGUCUUUAUAUUUCUUUCUCUCUCUGAAAAUUACUGGCUUCUCCAUUCUUAUUCUAUGUAUACAUUUUUCUCUUGAUUAAACUUUCUUUUAUUCUCUAAUAAGUUUCAUAUGUUUGCUACAGGUUGAGAGAUAGGGAUUGAUACCAAGUAUGAAUGAUUGGAAAUUCAAAGUAAGAGUGUGUGGGUUGACUGUAACUGUUUUAGUUAGUUGGUAAUGACUUCAUCAUUUUUUGUCUUUUUGCAGACAGCUAUUACACUUUCUGGACAACUUUUUAUAGCUCAAGUGAGUGAAAUUCCAUCUUGUGGCCUUUUUCUGUUUGUAGAUUUGGAUCAAUAUUGUUUGAUUAAAGCCUGGAAUGUCAUGUUUGCUUUGCUAAGCAUGCUACGUACAUAACUUAUUCAAUGUUGGGCUUAAAGACUUGGCUGUUAAUAGUUUUUUUUUUUGAAACUUGGCUGUUAAUAGUUGAAGUAGUUAAAUUUCAAACCACGUGUUCUGUGUAAAGUAAUGUUGAUUAACAAACUUGAUGUUGAUUAACAAACUAAUGUUGACUAUGAAAAUCAGGGAAUAGUGAACUUGAUGAAUCUGCUUUGAAGCCUGGUGUUCUUGGUAACGUUGAGGCUACGAAAACUUUUUGACCACCAACGUUGGACUAAAUUUGAGAUUUUAAAAAAAAAA